AUGAAGUUAUCCUCAAGAUAUUCUCUUGCCAUUGCCUUGGCAACGAUUCUUGCCGUCUGUUUGACAUGUUCUUGGUCACUUCGUGCAGUUCACGCCUCUCGUCAACCUAUUCGUUACGAAGCUUUCCAAGAAUUAUUCGAACCUACUUCUGAUGCUUGGUCAAACGAAGCAUUUAUGGUAGAAAUGGCUUCACAUCCAUCCUUUGAUGCUCAUUUAGAUAACGUUCUUGCUGAUUUACAAGAUUUUGAAUUUGAUAUCGAGUCAGAUGAUGCCAUUCUCGAAUACAUGUCAACUUUAUCUGAUUCACAAGCUAGAGCUGAAUGGAGAAGAUUUAGAAGAGCUUUUAGAAGAGUUGGAAGAGCUUUCAGAAAGGUAGCAAGAGGUGUUGUAAAGGUUGUUAAAAAGUAUGGAGCUAUUAUUGCACCAAUUGCUUUGACAAUUGCUACUGGUGGUCUUGGUGCUCCUUCUUUGGCUGGAAGUUUGGGAAGUAUUGGAAGUACUGUUGCAAAGGGAGCUGCCAUGUUGGCUAAAGUUUCUUCUAUUGCUUCAAAGGCUAACAUGGUCAUUGGUGGACUCAAUGCUGUUACAGGUGGUAAAUCUAAACUCCUCAACAAGCUUUCCAAUUUUUCCAAUAAGGUUACCAAUGUUUUGGGUAAGGGUGGUAUGAUCUUGAAUGCAGGUGGUUCUAUUGCUAAGGGACUUUCUGGAUUGAGUAAUUUGAGUGUUAAGGGAAUUGCUGCUCAACUCAAACCAGGAAAUUUAUUCAAGGGAGCUACAUUGUUGGAGAAGGGUACAAACUUUUUGAACAAGGCCUCUGGAUUUAUUAAGAAGGGACAAGAAAUUACCUCCUCAUUGAAUAACUUGACAGGUGGUAAAAUCAAGGCACUUAAUAAGAUUUCUUCAGGUUUAGACAAGGCCCAAAAGAUUGCCGGAAUUGGAUCUGGAGCUUUGAAUGGAUUGGGUAAAGGAUUGGAUUCUCUCAAGAAUUUGAAGAAUUUUAAGAAUAUUGAUAUGAAGAAGUUGUUAACUUCUGAAAAUAUCAAGAAGGGUUUAGGUAAACUUGAUUCCACUAUUGGAAAGACUAAGGAUAUCCUUUCCAGUGUUAAUGAAGUCACUGGUGGAAAGAGCAAAAAAUUGAACAAGAUUAUUAAUGCUCUCGAUAAGACUCAAAAUAUUGUUUCUGUUGGUUCAAACGCAGUUGACAGAAUUAAAGGUAUUAAGAAUUCAAUUGCUGAUUUGAAGAAUUUCCAAAGCUCAAAGAUUAAGGAUCUCUUCACCAAUGAAGGAAUUCAAAAGGCAUUGGGUAAGCUCGAUAAUUCCUUGGGUAAAGGAAAAGAUUUCCUCCAACAAGUCAAUGCAAUUAAUGGUGGAAAGAGUAAGACUUUAAAUAAGUUAAUUCAAAAAUUAGAAAAGGGUCAACAAGCAGUUGCUAUUGGAAGUACUGCUGCUAAAAGAUAUGAAGGAAUCAAAUCAUCAAUUGAGAAAUUAUCCAACAUGAAGUCAGGUGAUUUGAAGAAUCUCUUGAAUUUUGAAAAUGUUCAAACUGGUUUGGGAAAGGCCAAGAAUGCUAUGGCUAACGCUGAAGAUUUUGUUUCUCAACUCAAUACAUUCACUAAUGGAAGAAGUAAGACUUUGGUUUCCCUUGUUGAAAAGUUAAAGAAGGGUCAAAAAGUCACAUCUGUCACAUCUAAAAUUUUAGAUGGAGCCAAGGGUAUUAAGGGAAGUCUUGAACAAUUGAAGAAUCUCAAGAAGGAAGACAUGCAAAAGGUAUUAGAUGCUGAACAUCUUCAAGGAGUUUUGAACAGAGUUGCUGGUGCCUUCUCAAAGGGAGAAAAUAUUGUCUCUGAAUUGAACGAAAUUUCCAAUGGAAAGAAUAAGAAUCUUGCCAAGUUAUUACAAUCCUUGAGAAAGGGUCAAAUGAUUGCCAAUACAGCCUCAUCUGGUGUUGGUACUUAUAAGAGCGCUAAGAAUUCAAUUGAAGAAAUGAAGAAACUCAAAGGAAAGAAUUUGGAAGAAAUCUUAAAAUCAGACGAAUUGAAUGAAGUUAUUGAUUCAUGGAGAGGAACCAUUAAACAAGGAAAGGAAUUUACUUCUCAAUUUAAGGAAUUGAAGAAUGAAUUAAAGAAGAAAGAAACUCCAAUUGAAGAUGAACCAGCUCCUGUAGAUGAUGCUCAAGGAGAACCAUCCAAUGAAGAACCAGUUGAUAGUGCACAAGGAGAACCAGAUCAAUCAUCACCAGUUGAAGAACCAGUUGAUAACAAUGAAGAACCAGCUGAUUUUGAUCCAUCUACUGCUAUGGGAUAA